AUGUCCAAGCAAACUCAAAACAAAAAUAAAACCAAACUCAAAUCACGGUUUAAUGUUCCUCGUGGCGAUACCAACGGGGUUUUUAAUGAUGAUUGGUUGUACUCGGUACUUUCUCCUAAAACAAAUCUCUUACAAAGCCUGAGGAAAAAUCAUGAUCUGAUUGAGGAAGAUUCAUAUAAUUUUGUUAAAAUUAAACUUUGCGAUUUUGAGAUAUUGGAUGAACAAGUUGGUAGAUCUUUUCUUCCAAAACCUAAAGAUCCUUAUUCUAUUGUAUUGGGUGACUCUGAAUCGAUCCAAUUACCACAAUAUGAAGCUUUUCCAAUCCAUGAUAAGGUUAAACAUAAAGAAGGGUAUAUUCUUAAUGUUGGUGGUUCAGUUUGGGCACUUGACUGGUGCCCCAAUAAUGAUUCUUCCCAGACUCAAUGUAUAGCAAUAGGCACAUACAAGGAUACAACGGAGGAAUUACAUCCAAUUGGCCGUCGUCAAAAAGACAAUUUAAAUUAUAAACAAGUAAUUAUGGAUUUACCAAAGUUAGAUCUAGUAAUUUGUCAUAAUUUCGGCAGCAAACAAGAUGAUUCUGUUGAUAUAAUUCCGAAAUUGGGGAUAAUAGCAAUAUCCUUUGGGUGUGGUCUUAUUGGAAUUUUUGCUGUUCCUCGGUCAAAAUACAUUAGGGAUAAAUUGAAUUUAUCUAACGACAUUGAAGCACCAUUAUAUAUAAAGUUUACAAAUCCAUUAUUAACUUUGUCAAUUCCGCAUGUUAUAUUUCGUACUAUAAGUUGGGGCGGUAAUCAAAAAAUUGCUGCUGGCUGUACAAAUGAGAUUCUUCAAGCAAAAUUUAACAACAAUAUCAUUGAUCCUGAAGUUACAUCACCUAUUCAAUUCUUUCGCGCGCACGAUUCAUGCAUUAGACAAGUAGUUUGGAAUUCACAUAAUGAUCCUACACAUAUCCUAAGUUGUGGGCAUGAUGGCAGAUUACAAAUUAUUGAAAGUCGAGAUCCUUGGAUGAAAAAUAUGUUUCAACGAAUUAGAUCAUUUAUGAUGACUGCAUGUUGGCCACAUCAUUAUGGCGGAAUAAUUUUUCCUGAUUCUGAAAAUACUGUCAGGUAUAUUAGAAUGGAUGAUUUAAAAAAAUCUACAGGGAUAAUUAUGCAUUAUGCUCCUAUUUGGCGAAUUUCUGCGUCUUAUUUUCAUCCUUUCAUGGCAAGUUGUUCAUCUGAUGGUUCAGUAAAAAUGACAAAUAUUUGCAGAUUAAGAGAUCGUCAACAAAAACCAAUUCAAGUUACAUUGUAUCGAAUUACUUAUAAUAAAUUAACAAAAAUUUAUACGUACUGGGAUAAUGUCAAAUCUACAGAAACAACAUACACAACUGUUAAUGUUGAUAAUUACAACCAUUUUUUUCAGCCAGAAGUUUCAGUUCAACAUGUUAUUUGGAAUCCAAAUUUUGAUAGUGGUACUUGGAUUGCUUCUGGUGGUUCAUCAGGUUUAAUUCAAGUAAACAUGAAUCCAGCUAAAAAAAACAAAAUUGACAUGGAUAAACUCACUGAGGAUGAAAAAAAACUGUUUCGUAUGUAUGGAAGAUUACCUACAAGAAAAGACAUUUUAAGUCAUAAUUCGAAGGAACGUAAAUAUUUUGAUUCUGGAGAUUAUGCACUUUCCAAAGCUGGAAAAACUAUUGGGCCUGUUGGAGUUCAACAUCCAUCACCUGAAACUAUUCCUCAUGCUAUUUCUCCCACGACACAUAACUCUUCACCAGUGAAAGAAAGUUCUUUGGUUUACGAAGCAGAGAUUGAGGAAAAGGCAUCUGACAAUGGUAGCGAAGUUGAAUCACAAUCUAUCAAAAAAAAUCCUUUUAAUGUUGGUGAUAACACCACCUCCAAAUCCACCGAUACAAGCACAACACCAACAACAACACCAACCACACCAAAUAUUCCUCCAACACCAAAUUCAACACCAAAUUUUUCCAACAGUCCAACACCUUCAGAAACUGAAUCAUGA